CCGCCGCCCCCCCCCGGGGGGUCCUGGACGCUUCGGGGACGUUCCGGGUGUACUGGGACGUACUGGGACCCCCCCCGGGCUGGGCCAGCGCCCCCCGGCCCGAGCUGGUCCUGGCCACCCACGGCACCCCCGGGCGAGCGGCGGCGGCGCUGGGGGGGCCCUGGGGGGGGCCCCUCUCGGUGGCCGUUUUUGGGGUGCCCCGGCGGGGGCUGGAGGAGCUGAUGGCGAUUUUGGGGGGGCCCUGCCGGGGGUUACGGGGCCGCCUGAGGUUGCACGUGGUGCUGGGGGCGGCGGGACCCCCCCCGCGACCCCCAAACCCGCCCCGAGCGCCCCAAAAUCCCGCAAAAUUCCCCCAGAAUCCCGGGGGGGGGUGCCGGGGGGCCCUGGAGCGCCUGGCGGCCGCCGACCCCCCCAGUUACAGUUUGGGGGUGCCGUACCCCGGGAAUCUGCUCCGGAACGUGGCCUGGGAGGGGGCGGCCGGGGGGGGGCAGAGAGGGGGGGCCCCCCCCGGAUUUGGGGGGCGUUGGGUGCUGCUGGUGGACGCCGACGUGGUGCCCAGCCCGGGGCUGCACGAGGGGUUCCUGGAGCUGCUGCGGGAUGGGGGGCUGCACCCCAAAACCUGGGGGGGACAGGGGGACCCCAAUGAUUUGGGGCCUCAGAGGGAUUUGGGGGCUCAGGGAGAUUUUGGGGACCCCAGAGCUUUGGGGGCUCCUGGUGGCCUCAGGGUCCUCAACACGUCGGGGAUCCCCAGCAUCCCUGGGGGUCCCAAUGGCCUGAAGGACCCCAAAGCCUUGGAGGACCCCAAGGGUCUCAGUGACCCCGGGGUCCCCAAUGCCCUGGAGGUCCCAAAUGUCCUCAACGACCCCAGUGACCCAAAGGACCCCAAUGCUCUGGAGGUCCCCAAGGGUCUCCGGGACCUGGAUGUCCCCAACAUCCCAAAGAACCCCAGUGCUCUGGAAGACCCCAAGAAUUUCCAAGACCCUGGGGUCCCCAACGUCCUGGAGGUCCCCAACACCCUGGAGGACCCCAAUGUCCCAAAGAGCCCCAACACCCUGGGUGACCCCAACGCCCUGAGUGACCCCGACGCCACGGAGCCCCCCUGGGCCCGGGUGGUCUUCGUGCUGCCGGCCUUCGAGGUGCGUGCGGGGCGGCGGCUGCCGGGGACGAAGGCGGAGCUGCUGCGGCUGUGGGGCGCGGGGGACGCGCGGCCGUUCUACGGGACGCUGUGUCCGCGCUGCCAGGCCCCCACCGAGUUCGGCCGCUGGCGAGCGCUGCCGCCGCCGCCCCGGCUGCGCGUGGCCUACGAGGCGCCCUGGAGGGACCCUUGGGAGCCUUUCUUCGUGGCCCCCGCCCACGGUGUCCCCCCCUUCGAUGAGAGGUUCCUCCAGUACGGCUUCAACCGCAUCAGUCAGGCCUGCGAGCUGCACGUGGCCGGGUUCCGCUUUGCGGUGCUGGAUGGGGCCUUCGUCACCCACCGGGGCUUCAAGGAGCCCGGGGGCUUCCACGGGGCCCGCGAGGCCGAGCUGGUCCUCAACCGCCGCCUCUUCCGCGCUUUCCGCGCCGAGCUGGCCCAGCGCUACCCCGGCUCCCCCCGGCACUGCUGAGCCCCUGGGCACAGCUGGGGACACCCCCACGGGCCCUUGGGGGACAGCUGGAGAUCCUCCUGUGGACACUUGAAGGACCUGCCGUGGACAUCUGGGACAACUGACACAGCUGGGGACCCUCCAGUGGACACUGGGGACACCUGAACCAGCUGGGGACACACCGGGGACACCGGGGGCCCUCCAUGGACACCUGACACAGCUGAGGACCCUCCAAUGGACACCUGAGGACUCCCUGGACAUGGGGCUGACUGUCCCUCAGUGCCCUCAGUAAAGGUGGUGUCCUGCC